UUACGUCAGCGUCUCUAUCGCUCCGCGGAAGCUUCCAUUCCUUUUUUAUGGGGCGGUUGUAGAUCAUUUGAAAGGCUCACGAUUGUUUCCUGACUUUCGGCUUCUGGAUUCUCUUAGCUCCGAAGUGCAAUUGGCCAUUGCAACCAUAAGCAAAACACAAAUAAUAACCAAAAAGGAGACUGCUUAGUUAACACAGAUGUCUUUGAGAGGAGUAGGGAAAGCGCUGUACAGGACGCCCCACCAGCUAUUCGGACAGAAAACGGCGGAAGAUAUUUUGUUCAAGCAAUGGGAACACGACAUCAAGACGGCCCUAGCAGGGUUGGAGUAUCUUAAACUUGAGAACCAGAAGUGGAAAAAGUUCUGGAUCAGUGUUAUUACCAACUUCAUACAAGUCAUUGAGAUUUUCCGGGACUUACAUUGCGAGUUGGAACAUGCGCAUGGAGCCGAUGGAGCCGUUGCGGAGAAGCCCAUUGACAAGAACGAGGAGUUCACCAGCGUCACCAUCCACGAGCUUGAACAGGCAGGCAAAUUAGCUUCGAUCAUUCUUGAAAGAACGACCCGGUUGGCAGAAGACUCGUCUGAUUCUUUUUUUGCGAAGUGCAAUGAGAUGAUCCACACGUUGAAGGGUGCUGAAAAGCUCAUCACUAAGCGAAGCCACAAGAAGAUAGACUAUGAUAUGAAGUCGAACAAGGUGGACUCUACGCUGAAGGGUUCGAUAAAGACAGAUAAGGACAAGGUGAAGCUGGAGUCCGAGCAGCAGAAGCUUACUGAGUCGGAGGUGAUUUACAAAGACUUGAAUGAUAAGAUAAAACUGGUAAUGCCCGAGAUUUUGGCUAACCUUUCGGAGUUCAUAAGUAAACUUACGUACAAACUCUAUUUCUCCAACUUGGACAUUCUCAAUUUUAUUCAGCGUAAUGUUGAGAAAUUUGACAGAAUCCAUGGUAUUGCUUCCGAUUCCAAGUUUCUUGUCUAUGACGAUAUCAUUGCCGACUUCAACGGUCUUUAUUCUCAAGCUCAGAGCAAGCUUGAAAAUCUAUCGUUGCUUAAGGAGUUCAGGUCAUUUAGAAAUAAAAAUCUGACAGAAAAGACAGUGCAAGGAGUGAACACUGUUGCAGGAACAGUCGUUGACUCUACCGUCAAUUUCACCUCAACUAUAUACACCAAAGCCGCUAAGCCAAGCCAGAAGCUAUCAAUGUCGCUGACUUCAAUUAAAAUAGAUAACCCAAUACAUCCAUAUGAUAAGCAUGGGAUGUUUACAAUGGCAUUGGAUCCACUUGAUUUUAUAAAGAGCGCAGACUAUGCUGCUCAGCUUUCGGAAUCUGACCUGAAAAGUAUGUCGCCAAACUAUGAUACCAAAAAUAGCCCUUAUGCAGCUUAUUCUGAGGAUAACUUAGAAGAUGAAGCUGAUGCGGAGAGCAAGACUUCAGAAGAGUCAGGGGUGAGUGAGGAGAAGCUAUCAGUUACGGGAACAGAGUGGAUGAAACCGUUGAGGAACUCCACGCUGAACAAAAUCAGUUCCCCUCCAACCUCAUUUUCUCAGGCAGCCACUACUGACGGAGCUUCAGAGAAGGUCACACUCAAUUCUUCACUGAAUACAUCUCAUCCAAGUACAGCAACAGAUGGCAAGUACGUGGCAAACUCUCGUGUGCAAUCCUUAUCUUUGAACUCUAAAAGUGAGACUUACAAAUAUGUUAACGUCACGAUGGACAACAUAACAAAACGUAUCUAUCUGGUAGUCUCUACCCCGGAAAUAGAUUGUGCUCCGGUCAAUGUUCCAAAGGGUAAACUUAAUACAACAGACUUCGAGCUAAGAGAUUAUUUCAUGGCCAAAAGUAGUAUAACGGCUAACGCUUUUGCUGCUUAUUCCAACAUCUAGCUCGAGUUACUUUCUGAAAUCUCUCCGACCUAAUAUUUAACUUUUUCUAUUACCUACUGUGUAUAAAUUGCGUUAACGAAUCCAACUAUUUUAUGAUAAUUGAUGCAUAUCCUUUAGAUGAAAAAAAAAAACUUCUUACCUGCAUAAUCAACGCCUAUCAUUAGGCCUUUUACGAUACCUUUUCUUAUAGAUGUCAUCAUAAUCCUCAUCAUCAUCAAAAUUAGAGCUUGUCAUAUGUGUGAAAGUCAUGCUCUGUCUACCCUUUGGAAUAGCGGUGCCAUUCAUCUGCGUGGGCUCUUUUCUGUGUUGUCUCUUGUUACUUCCACUCCCUGCUUGCACCCUCGGCAAACCAAAUCUAUCAACUGAAUCGUAAGUGU